UUAGACAGCGCUGCCCUGCUAAAUCUCGUAGUCGAUGAAGUAGAGUCUACUGUAGAUACAGAUGGGAUACAGACUUUAAAAACGAUCUAACAUUUCCAGUUUAUCGAGAAAUUAAUUCAGCAUUUUAAUGGAUACCUAUGUGUGAUAAAUGUACGCAUUUGAUUGUAUGCUUUGUCUGAUUGACAGUUUUUCCAUAUAGCCGAUCUAUGCUGAAAGGAUAUACAGUCAUGCAGCGCUCAUUAAUUAUAGUGGUGGUCAAGAAAGCGCCGAUAAGAUCGGCCACUGUCAAUAAAUAAAUGGAGACUGCGAGGACUUGUAUGAGAAUGGGUAACAAGUGUUUUAUAAAGAGGCUGAUACGAGGUUAACUUCAUUCACUGGAAACUUCAGAUUUGGGGAACAUGAAGUUGUCUUCAGUCAGAAUGGGAGUCGUCAAGGUCAUAUUGCUCAUCUUUUUGGCCAUUCUGUUGUCUGACUGUGCAAGGGGACCUCCGCUGGUGGCUGAGAGGGUGGCCCAUAGACAGUCAGUGCACCUGGGGAGUUCCAUCAAGCUACCAUGCCCUGUUGAAGGAGACCCGCCACCCCUCAUCAUGUGGACCAAAGACGGCCACAACAUCCACAGCGGCUGGACCCGCUUCCGCAUCCUCCGCCUGGGCCUGAAGAUCAAGGAAGUGGAGGUUGAGGAUGCUGGAACAUACAUCUGCAAAGCCACCAACGGCUUUGGCAGCGUCAGCAUCAACUAUACCCUCAUUGUCAUUGAUGACUCUGGUGCUGAUGAGACUGGGCCAGGGGUCCCUGGUGGGGUGGACUCAGAGUAUGACCCUGACCACCUAUCAGGAAAACUAGUGCGUCCCCGCUUCACACAGCCUGCUAAAAUGAGGAAACGGGUGAUUGCCCGCCCAGUGGGGAGCUCUGUGCGGCUGAAGUGUACAGCCAGCGGUAACCCUCGGCCAGACCUUGUGUGGCUGAAGGACAACAGGCCGCUGACGGAGCGCGAGGUUGGCGAGGGGCGCCAGAAGAAGUGGACUCUGAGCCUGAGGAACCUGACCCCGGAGAACAGCGGCAAGUACACCUGCAGAAUCUCCAACCAAGCCGGGGAGAUCAACGCCACCUACAAAGUGGAGGUCAUACAGCGGACCAACUCCAAACCCAUCUUGACGGGCACUCACCCGGUCAACACCACAGUGGACUAUGGGGGGACUACCUCAUUCCAGUGCAAAGUGAGGAGCGAUGUCAAACCGGUCAUCCAGUGGCUCAAGCGUGUGGAGUCCAACGGGGAGAGUCGGUACAAUUCCACCAUCGAGGUGGGCGACCAUCGCUUUGUGGUGCUGCCCACGGGAGAGGUGUGGUCACGCCCUGAUGGCUCCUACCUCAACAAGCUGCUCAUCACCCGCGCCAAGGAGGAGGAUGCUGGCAUGUACAUCUGUCUGGGUGCCAACACCAUGGGCUACAGUUUCCGCAGUGCUUUCCUCACCGUGCUGCCAGACACCAAGCCACCCAUCCCCCCGAUGUUCACCCCAGCCUCCAGCACCCUACCCUGGCCUGUCAUCAUCGGCAUCCCUGCUAGCAUGGUGUUCAUCUUUGGUACAGUGCUACUGUGGUUCUGCCAGAGUAAGAAGCACUGUUCCCCUCCCAGCACUCCGGCUGCGGCUGCCCAGGUCCUGCAGGCCUCCCACCGGCUGCCCUACCAGGAGAGGGACAGGAGCUGUGUGGCCCACUUCUCCACUUCCUCCAGCCCAGAGAAGGACUGCCUGGGCUCCAUAAACUAUGAGGAGUAUCUGGCUCAGCAGCAGCUUCUCCUCACUCAGGGGGUCUCUGCCCUACCCCCCAAAAUCUACCCAGACAUCCACACUCACAUCCACUCCCACGUAGACGGGAAGGUGCACCAACACAUUCACUUUCAGUGUUAGCCAUGUGCCAAAUAUAAUAAUAUAUGCCAUUUAGCCAAAGCAACUUAUAGUCAUGCAUGUAUACAUUUUAAGUAUGGGUGGUCCCAGGAAACGAACCCACUAUCCUGAUGUAGCAAGAAACAUGCUCUACCAACUGAGCUACAGAGGACCAAAUGUAAUGUUGUCCCCUUCUCUGCGCCUCUGAAGAAUGGCAUCGUACAGUGAGGGUCUGAGCUGUGGACUGAAGCUCAGAGAACAGCUCUCUGGUUGUACCUGCCUGGUCCUUGGUGCAACUUGUUUCAUAUCAACACCACUAAAAGACAUCAAACCCCGAUGUGCACUUUGUACACAAAUCCCCAAGGGAUUCUGCAAUGUGUUAACGGCUAUUCAGACUUACUGAGAGGGCUAUGGGUCCUUCCACCAAUUUGGUGCCUUUUGAGAAGUCUUUUUUGAAAUGUAAUUUUACAUUCUGUCAUAAAGAUCACAUGUUCGACUUCAUAAAAAAGUUUUCCCAUCUUGAGAGUUAAAGCUAGAAUUCUUAGUUGCUACAUCCAUUUUUGGAGUUUUCAAUUAAUGAUAUAAACUGCACAAAACAUUAAGAACACCCGCUCUUUCCAUGACUAACCAGGUGAAAGGUAUGAUUCCUUAUUAAAUUCCUGUUAAAUUCACUUCAAUCAGCGUAGGUGAAGGGGAGACAGGUUAAAGAACUGGUUUUAAGCCUUGAGACAAUUGAGAAAUGGAUUGUGUAUGUGUGCCAUUCAGAGGGUGAAUGGGAUAGACAAAAUAUUGUGCUUUUGAACGGGUAUGGUAGUACGUGCAGGUGCACCAGUUUGUGUGAAGAACUGCAACUCUGCUGGGUUUUUCACGCUCAACAGUUUCCUGUGUGUAUCAAAAAUGGUCCACCACCCAAUGGACAUCCAGGCAACUUGACACAACUGUGGGAGACAUUGGAGUCCACCAGUGCUUCAUUUGUAAAUCGGUAGGUGCCGGAACAAAAAGGGAGUGCGUGUGUGUGUGUGUGGGGGGGGGUUUACCUGGGGAGCUCUGAGGUACCUGAACACAUGAGAAAAAAAUCACGCAUGCAUAUCAUCACAUUUACGUAGUGACGUAGAGUAGAGGCACUUACAGAAGUUGCACACAUAGGCAAAAUGUUGUGGCCAAGGGUCCAGGUAUUUUUGGGCCUUUUAUAAACGCAUUUCAUGCGAUUCUACAUCAUUUUACAUGACUGGAGAUUUUUGCAUAUAUUUUUUCAAUGCAGCGUUUGGGAACUCGGAGAACUCAGAGCUGGGAAAUCUCCAACUUCAGUACAUUCAAGACAACUAGAAAAUCGGUUAAAAAAAACGAGCUCCGAAUGGGAAAAUUAUUUAUUUAUAUACUUUUAAAAAUAUAUUUUUUUACCCUUUUUCUCCCCAAUUUGUAGUUACAGUCUUGUCUCAUCGCUGUAACUCCCGUACUGACUCGUGGCACAGCUAGUCUGAAAAUUAUCAUCUAGGAUGUUGGUAAAAGCCAUUGGUUAGUAUCAUAGCAAGGAAACAAAUCAUAGCAAGGAAACAAAACACAUAGCCGAUUUAAAUUAUUUACGACAACAGCCCUAAUGUUGAAAUCAAUCAUUGUCAUCCAAUCACGUUUAUGAUCCUGUUCUAGCAGGAUCCGGCUCAAAUUAAGCACCGAAGUCAACAUGGGCCAGCAUCCCUGUGGACUCUAGAGUCAUUGCCCUGACGAAUUGAGGCUGUUCUGAGGGCAAAACCUGGGUGCAACUCAAAAUUAGGAAGUUGUUCCUAAUUUGUAUACUCAGGGUAUAUUCAUACAUUUAAAGAAAAGAAUAAUAUAAACGUAUAAAUGCCUCACGAGCUUAGUUUAGCUGUCGUACCCCAUCAGAACCCAAAAAGAUACGCUUAUUUUACUCCAAUGUUUGUAAAAAAUGUAAAUGUAAAGAAAAAAACAUGUAUUGCCUCAAAACAUGAAUUUGUAUAUAAUGGAUGGUCAGUUCUUGCAUCCAUACCUCUGUUUAGGAAUUUGAGAGUGGUUACAUUACUCUAGGCACAUCCCUCAGUUUAUAACUAGGGUUUAAGAUUGAUGGUGAAAACUUGGGGUUAAUUGUGUUAAAAUCUUCCUAGAAGUCACAAAGGGUGCAUGGAGAGAUUCUCCAAGUUGUCUAUAGGAAAGGGGUAUUUCAUUUAUUAUAUAACAGGUUUAUAAAAUCCAAUAUUGUACUCAAGAGGCACUCAUUUCAUGGAACAACCCAUAUCCACCAGUAACUGUGCUGUUUACCCAUCUUAACUAACCUAGAGGGGUUAGGGUCAGUUUAGACCUUUACCUAUAAACCUGUUGUAGGGCACAAGAUAAGAUAAGCUCUGCGAGGUGAUGAUGUUAAAGGACGCAUGGAAUGUAAUACGAAAGGACUGGUUUUACACUCAUACUCAGGUCAUCCCUUUGAUGAAAGAAAAUGUUUCAUUGAUUGAAUGCACAUCCAUUUAACCCUGACCACUAGUGUCCAUCAAUAAUCCUGUUUAAUUUCACUCAGUCACCCCUGAAUGCCUCGAGGGGCUAUAUGAAAAUAGAUAGGUAGCAUUUUUGGGGGAUAUUUGAAUCAUGUCCAUAUCGAAGACUGCAAAUAAUAAUAUUGCGCCAAUGUUGACUGUUUGACUGGACUCGCUACAUAUCACUGUCGGAAUCCAAAUGUUACUUAGGUUACCACCACUACUAGCCUUUUGUAUGUGUUUUAUAGAAUCCUUGCAAGAGGUAUGAGGUCAAAAAUAUCCCCAGUGUUGCAGUGAAUAUAUGUAACACCAUUGGGACUGCAGUCCAAUCCAACGACAAUUGAUAUAGAUGUAGUCAUUUUAUAUGUAUUUUAAAAGAGGCGUGUAUUUAAUUUAUUUUGAUAUGGAAAUGUAUUGUUUAUUUUUCAAAGUCAGGCAUUUUGAACAUGUUGAAUGUGUAGGAUUAUGUUUACUGUAGUUGCAAUGUAAAGUAUACGGUGCAUUUGUAAAGUAUUCAGACCCCUUGACUUUUUAUACAUGUUGUUACAUUACAGCCUUAUUCUAAAAUGUAUUAAAUUGUUUUUUUUCUCAUCUACACACAAUACCCCAUAAUGCAAAGCAAAAACUGGUUUAGACAUUUUAGCAAAUGUAUAAAAAAUGUAAAACUGAAAUAUCACAUUUACAUAAGUAUUCAGACCCUUUACUCAGUACUUUAAAGCUUCUUUGGCAGUGAUUACAGCCUUGGGUCUUUUUGGGUAUGACGCUACAAGCUUGGCACAUGUAUUUGAUGAGUUUCUCCCAUUCUCUGCAGAUCCUCUCAAUCUCUGUCAGGUUUAAUGGGGAGCAUCGGAGAACAGCUAUUUUCAGGUCGGGUUCAAGUCCAGGCUCUGGCUGGGCCACUCAAGGAUAUUGAGACUUGUCCUGAAGCCACACCUGCAUUGCUUUGGCUGUGUGCUUAGGGUUGUUGUCUUGUUGGGACGUGACCCUUCACCUGCUCUGGAGCAGGUUUUCAUGAAGGAUUUCUCUGUACUUUUAUUUUUAGGGGGUGUAUCAGCCUUUUGUCUGUAAUUUGCGCCAUUCAUAUUUCUCUCGAUCCUGACUAGUCUCCCAGUCCCUGCCGCUGAAAAACAUGCCCACAGCAUGAUGCUGCCGCCACCAUGCUUCACCGUAGGGAUGGCGCCAAGUUCCUCCAGCCGUGACACUUGACAUUCAGGCCAGAGUUCAAUCUAGUUUCUCAUGGUCUGAGUCUUUAGGUGCCUUUUGGCAAACGCCAAGCAGGCCGUCAUGUACUUUUUGCUGAGUCGUCGUUCCAUCUGGCAACUCUACCAUAAAGGCCUGAUUGGUUGAGUGCUGCAGAGAUGGUUGUCUUUUGGGAAGGUUAUCCCAUCUUCAGAGGAACUCUGGAGGGCUGUCAGAAUGACCAUCGGGUUCUUGGUCACCUCCCUGACCAAGGACCUUCUCACCCAAAUGCUCAGUUUGUAAAGGAACAGUCUUGGUGGUACCAAACUUUUUCCAUUAAAGAAUGGAGGCCACUGUUAUUGGGGACCUUCAAUGUUGCAGACAUUUUUGGGGGACCCUUCCCCAUAGGGCUGCAAUGUAACAAAACAAGGAAAAAGUCAAGGGGUCUGAAUACUUCCCGAAUGCACUGUAUUUCAUAUAUUAAAAGGUAGACUCAGCGACAUGACGUUUCCACAAGCAGCACCGCAGAUACGUAGAUGAGUGAGAUGCAAGACAUCUCAGUCAGUGCAUUUUUUAAUUGAAUGUUUAUUUAAACUAGGCAAGUCAAUUAAGAACAAAUUAUUAUUUUACAAUGAUGGCCUACCACGGCCAAACCUUGCCCUAACCCAGACGAUGCUGGGCCAAUUGUGCGCUGCCCAUGUGCAGGGGUUCACUUCAAGCUGUUCACAGCGUGGUAGCCACAGGAUCAAAACAGUGGAGACAUUGAGCCUCAUGCUUCAAUGCUCUUCGUUGCAGAAAUUGACCCACUGCGGUUUACUUUCUGCUGAGUCUACCUUUGACAUUGACAACCAGGUUAAUCAUAUUUAGUUUAUAUGAAAGUACUUACAAUUGGUUCUGUUUGACAAUCUUAUCGAUGUGCCCCAUUAAAAGUAGAAAGUCAUUUGAAGUUUGAUUAAAGGACAAGCAAAUUUA